UUAUGCAAAUCCUCAAGGAGCAUCUAAUCAAUCACCGUGGUGUGAGAGGAAUGCAGUGGAUCGCUGAAUUAGCUUCUGUUGGAAUGUAUUCAUGUGUAACAUCCCACUGACUGGAUGACAUCACAACAGCCUCAGGUUCUUGAAAGUCUUGAGGAUGAUUAGCUGAAAGAAUUGGCUGUUUCUGCCAAUCAUAACCCAGCAAAGCUGCCUUUCUAGUUCUGGAGACAUGAGAGAGGGGAAGGAGGGAAAGACCGACUACAGCUACACAGGAGAAGCUGCAGCAGUAGCAACAGCAGAGCAGGAGCAGCUGGUAUUCCGGUGAUUAAAUAGUUCUCAUUGCCUUUUUGCUGUACUCGGUCUGCUCCCUGGUGUAAUUCUCGUGUCCAAGAAGGAAGCUGCAUUUUAACGGUGUGCUGAACAGAGGUUUGAAUCAUCCCAGCUGGCUGCUUGUUUUGAAAAAGGACAAUGUGUGUAUAAAUAAAAAAGACUCUGCUGGAAGAGUUCAGAUACUAGGACUGGAGCUAGAGAGUGCUCUUGGAAUACUGUUCAGGCAGAUUGCAUGAACUGAAAGCUCCUUCUAAUUAACCUGGAGCCAAGUGAACCUGAAUACUGGAUAUCUCAUUUUCUAACUCGGGAUAAAUUCAAGUUAGGAAAAGAAAAAACAUUGAAAUGCUUCUCUAGAUUAUGCUUAGAGGAUUCUGCAGCAAUUCUUGGUAUCGGACGUACUCAAAAUCUCUUCAGCUUAUGCCCUCCUGGUCCAUUGCCUUCCAGCUUUAACUCAUUUGUGAUCCCUUCAAACAUUUUACAUGCUUUGCAAUGGUUACAUGAACUCUUGGGAAGUUAUGUUUACAUCAUCUCAUACUUUAUUCACUAUGGCACUUUAGAAAAAGAAAUUGGAAAACACUUCCAAAGCAUUAUUUUAAAAAAUGAAUCUUAUUGUGAAGCUUCGGAGAAGUUUUCGAACACUGAUUGUUCUCUUAGCUACCUUUUGCUUGGUGAGCAUGGUCAUUUCUGCCUACUUCCUCUAUACUGGCUACAAACAGGAAAUGACCCUCAUUGAAACCACUGCAGAAGCCGAGUGUGCUGAUGUCAAAAUUCUACCAUAUCGGUCCAUGGAGCUGAAAACAGUAAAACCUAUUGAUACAUCCAAAACUGACCCUACUGUCCUACUCUUUGUGGAGAGCCAAUACUCUCAGCUUGGUCAAGACAUUGUAGCUAUUUUGGAGUCCAGCCGAUUUCGGUACCACAUGGUCAUUGCCCCGGGCAAGGGAGACAUACCUCCUCUUACAGAUAACGGCAAAGGGAAAUAUACUUUAGUUAUUUAUGAAAAUAUUCUGAAGUAUGUCAGCAUGGACUCAUGGAAUCGAGAGCUUCUAGAAAAAUACUGUGUGGAAUACAGUGUUAGUAUCAUCGGUUUUCAUAAAGCCAAUGAGAACAGCUUACCAAGUACACAAUUGAAAGGAUUUCCAUUAAACCUUUACAAUAAUCUAGCUCUAAAGGACUGUUCUGUCAACCCUCAGUCGCGUUUGCUGCAUAUCACCAAAGCCCCCAAGGUUGAGACAGGCCCUCUUCCUGGGGAAGACUGGACUAUUUUCCAAUAUAAUCAUUCGACCUACCAGCCUGUACUUUUAACUGAAUUACAGACAGAAAAUUCCCUUUCGUCUUUGGCUGGCAAAACACUUUUGGCGACAGUGAUUCAGGAUCUAGGGCUUCAUGAUGGAAUUCAGCGAGUUCUUUUUGGCAACAACUUGAACUUUUGGUUGCACAAACUCAUCUUCAUAGAUGCCAUCUCCUUCCUGUCAGGAAAGAGGCUGGCAUUGUCCUUGGACAGGUACAUCCUUGUGGACAUUGAUGACAUAUUUGUGGGAAAGGAGGGAACAAGGAUGAAUGUCAAAGAUGUGAAGGCAUUACUAGAGACUCAAAAUUUACUGCGCACUCAGGUUGCAAAUUUUACCUUCAACCUUGGAUUUUCAGGGAAGUUUUACCACACAGGGACUGAAGAGGAAGAUGAAGGAGAUGACCUUUUGUUGCGGUCCGUGGAUGAGUUCUGGUGGUUUCCUCACAUGUGGAGCCACAUGCAACCCCACCUCUUCCACAAUGAGUCAUCUUUAAUAGAACAGAUGAUUCUCAACAAGGAAUUUUCAUUAGAACAUGGAAUACCUAUCAACAUGGGCUAUGCUGUGGCCCCACACCACUCAGGGGUCUACCCGGUUCACAUCCAGCUGUAUGCAGCUUGGAAGAAGGUCUGGGGUAUUCAGGUCACCAGCACCGAAGAGUAUCCACAUUUGAAACCUGCACGGUACAGAAAGGGCUUCAUUCACAAUGGCAUCAUGGUCCUCCCUCGACAGACCUGUGGGUUAUUCACCCACACUAUUUUCUACAAAGAGUACCCUGGAGGACCCCAAGAAUUGGACAAAAGUAUCAGAGGAGGUGAACUUUUCCUCACAAUCCUUCUGAACCCAAUCAGCAUUUUCAUGACCCAUUUAUCAAACUAUGGGAAUGACCGGCUAGGGUUAUAUACCUUUGUGAACUUGGCCAACUUUGUGCAGAGCUGGACCAACCUGAAAUUGCAAACUUUGCCUCCCGUGCAACUGGCCCACAAGUACUUUGAGCUCUUCCCUGAGCAGAAAGACCCUCUCUGGCAGAAUCCGUGUGACGACAAACGACACAAAGACAUCUGGUCCAGAGACAAAACUUGUGACCACUUACCAAAAUUCCUGGUAAUCGGGCCACAAAAAACAGGGACAACUGCACUUUAUUUAUUUCUUCUUAUGCACCCUUCCAUCAUCGGCAAUCUCCCCAGCCCAAAAACAUUUGAAGAGGUUCAAUUCUUUAAUGGCAACAACUAUCACAAGGGAAUUGACUGGUACAUGGACUUUUUCCCUACGCCAUCCAACAUUACAAGUGACUUCCUUUUUGAAAAGAGUGCUAAUUACUUCCAUUCAGAAGAAGCUCCCAAGAGAGCUGCAUCUCUGGUCCCCAAAGCCAAGAUCAUCACCAUCCUCAUUGACCCCUCAGACAGGGCAUACUCUUGGUACCAGCACCAACGAUCACAUGAAGAUCCAGCUGCCCUGAGGUUUAAUUUCUAUGAAGUUAUCACAACAGGACACUGGGCCCCAUCUGACUUAAAAACUUUGCAGAGACGAUGCCUGGUGCCUGGAUGGUAUGCAGUCCACAUAGAAAGAUGGCUCACUUACUUUGCCACUUCUCAGUUGCUAAUUAUUGAUGGACAGCAGCUGAGAUCUGACCCGGCUACUGUGAUGGAUGAAGUCCAGAAGUUUCUGGGAGUUACACCUCAUUAUAAUUACUCUGAAGCACUAACGUUCGACCCCCAAAAGGGUUUUUGGUGUCAACUACUGGAAGGAGGAAAGACCAAAUGCCUUGGAAAAAGCAAAGGCCGAAAAUAUCCCCCCAUGGAUCCAGAGUCUAGAACGUUCCUCUCUAAUUACUACCGUGAUCACAAUGUGGAACUGUCGAAACUGCUGCACAGGCUGGGGCAGCCUCUGCCGUCCUGGUUGAGGCAGGAGCUGCAGAAAGUGAGAUAGCACUGGGAACAGGAAACACGGCUCUCAAGAAACCUGCUUUUACUAUUAAAUAGAAAAGAAAAAAAAAAACAAACCCCACGACUUUUAUUCCCUUAAUGCCCUUGAAAUUGUCAACAGAGAACUGUAUGAAUAAAUUUCCUUCAAUCUUUUUCAUAAGAUGAAAACUGUUAUAUAUGCACGUAGUGACAAUGACUCACCUCAAUCCCUGUAUAAGCUUUUGGGAAAUAAUUGGGGUUUUGUGGCAUUAUCCAGUUUCUAGUGUGGAGAUUAUAACACAGCCUAGUUCCUCUGUUAACCACAAGCUUUCAGAAACUCUAUGUAUGACUGGUAACCCAGAUUAUAUGCAAGUAACCAAUUAAAAUUUUGAGGAAAAUAUAAAGACUGAGGUAUCUGUCAAUAAGGUUAGUAGUAAUCCAAUAUCUGAAUUAAGGGCUAAUAGUUUCCCCUUGCAAAUUUAAAGACAAUUUUGCUUUUAUUGUGAAACGAAAUUAUAUAAUCCCAUACUCUUUUUUUGAACAAUUAUCCUGUAUUCUAUUUAGCCCACAUACAUUUUCUUUUAUAGUUACUUCUCUAUGAAUUUCCUUAACUUGCUAAAGAAGUUUUAAUACUAUAACUAACCUCCUAUGUUUUUUUGUCUGUCUUCCUCUUGUAAGAGGGGACUAUCUGAAAGUUUUUCAGAUAUUCAUCAAUAUUACCAUUUUAUCUGGCAGGGUAUGCCAUUCUCACUGAAUUUGGUGUUAUGGUUCCAACAAAAUCUAUUAGAGUUUUGGGAAAAGGGAGAAGAGUGUGUACCUGCAUAAUGUCACUCUAUGUGUAAGGCCAUCUUUAAGUGGGUCCGAAAUCUUACAAUACUAUUAAUCUAGGUAUUUCCACCUUGACAAUAAUGUGGCAUUUAUAUUUUUUUCACUGAGGUAGAAAAAAAGACUUUAUUGAAAAAUAUCGAAUGAAAACACCAUGAUGUAUUUGCAAAUACAGUGAGGCACUGUACCUUCUAUGUAGUAUAUGCCAAUCUUUUUAAAGCAUGAAUUUUUCAUAUAUGCCAGUACAUCUACUUACUAUUGUAGAAGAUUAGGGUUUUCAUGCAUAUUUAAAAAAAAUAAAUAUAAUCUAAAACUUACAUCUUCAAACAUCACUAAAUUUCUAACCUAAACCCAAUCUCUCAACCAUGUCACCCAAUAUUAAUUUCUAGAGAAGUGAUGUUCUUUCUGUUUUAUUUGGUGGUUAUUAUCAUGCUAGUUGGAUUUUUAUCUCAUUUAUCAAUGAUGAUAUAGUAAGGCUUAGUGAAACCUUUUUAGUGAUACAUUGAGGUAAAAUUUCAAUGGAACUAUAAAUCAAACUGCCUUUGGUAACAUUAUGCAUUCUUCCUCCAGAAUAAUGUUUUUGCAGGCUGUAGAUAAUACUACUUUUUCCUAUAA